AUGCAAAUAACAAAUGUUGACAUCGACUUUGAUUUACUUUUCGCCAGGAUCAUGAUGCGCCUGUUCUUUCUGCUGCUCGUGCUUUCAGCCCCUUCCACUGCUUCCGACGCUCCUAUGAAAUGCAGUGACGCAACAGAUUGUCUCGAGUGCUUCAUGAAGCAGGAAUGUGUCCUGAACCCCGAUGGCAGCCAAACCUGCACACCCUGUGGUUGGUGCACGGUGGAGCUCGAUGAAUGGAACGCAGACGUGAAGGGAGCAUGCAUCAAGAUCUACAACUCUACCACAGACUUCUGUAAGGCGUACAAGGCACACGCUUUCGGCUUCUGCCCUGACAAGGUAUGCCAGGCCGGCAGUCAGGACUGUGUUUGUGCAUCGAACGUCUGCCCUGUGGUGAAUGUCUUCCUUCACCUGCUCUCUCUCGAGGGAGUUGGUUUUCUCCUAUUCCUCAUCUUCAUUUGCAUCGUGGCCAUGAUGAGCGCAUGCACGUUGAUGUGCUGCUUCCGCACUCCCCCGAGGCAGAUUGUCCUUGUGCGUGAGUCUCACGAGGAUCCCGGACUUCUCAAUCAGACGGAGGAGGAUUACCAGAGACUGUAA